AUGUUUCUUACGAUUGUUUUUGUCGCAACUAUUGCGUGUCUUAUUGCUACUUACUUUUGGAGAAUUAAUCGUCAAUAUGAUUAUUUCAAAUGUCGAAAUAUUCCAGGACCACCACCUCGUUUCUUCUAUGGUCAUUAUAAAGAGUUUUGGUCAACAGAGACUUAUUCUAAACAAUUACAAAAAUGGACUCGUCAAUAUGGAUCAAUCUAUGGAUUAUUCGAAGGUAUAAAACCUAUGUAUGUUGUAUCAGAUGUUAAUUUUCUUCAAGAAAUUUAUAUCAAACAAUUUUCAUCAUUCCAUUCACGGUCUAUUUCGAAGAUAAUGCGUGUAGAAAAUGAUGGAAAAAUUCAUUUAUUUAGAGCAACUGGCACACGAUGGCGCCAUCAACGAGACAUUUUUAAUUUAAUGUUUUCAACUGCUAAACUUAAUACAAUGAUACCUUCGAUUAAUGAUUGUCUUAAUACAAUGUUAAAUAAAAUAGCAAGAAAUAAGAAUAAAGAAAUUAAUAUUUUUGAUUUUUACAAACGAAUGACUAUGGAUAUCAUAUGUCGUUGUACAUUUGAUAUUAAUGCUAAUUUUCAAAAUAAUAUUAAUAAUUCAUAUUUACAAAAAUUCGAAGAAAUGUGUGAGAUAAAUACAGAUCAAUUAACUAUUUUUCAAUUGAGCAAUUUAAUACCAUUUCUUGCUCAUCCUUUACAUGAUUUUCUCUUUUGUCUAUUAGCCGUUCGUAGAAGAGCAGCUGAAUUAAUACCAACAUUAAGAAAUUAUAUUGAAGAAUUUCCUAUUUUCUGUUUGAUUAAUCGAAUUUAUGAAAUUGCUAAUCUUCGAAGAACAUCAGUGCCAGAGGCAAAUGAAUGCAUAGAUUUCUUACAAUUAAUGAUUGAUACUUCUACUAAUGAUGAAAUAACAGAUCAUACUGUAGGUCAAUUGAGGACAAAAGCAUUGAAUUCAGAUGAAGUAGCAAGUAAUGUAUUGAUUUUCGUAGCUGCUGGUUAUGAAACAGUAUCAACUACAUUAGCGUAUUGUACAUAUGUUUUGGCUACAAAACCAGAUAUUCAAGAAAAACUUAUUUAUGAAAUUAAUCAAAAUCCGUCGGAUGAUAUUGAUAAAGAAUGUAUUGAUGAUGUUGAAACAAAUCUUACCUAUUUGGAUAUGUUUAUACGAGAAGUCCUUCGAAUGUAUCCUAUAACUACUAAAGCAAUGACUCGUGAAUGUAAUACAACAACAACUGUUUGUGGACACAUCAUUGAGAAAGGAUGUAUUAUUCAACCUGAUAUUUUUAGUAUUCAUUAUAAUUCAGAUUUGUGGGGUCCUGAAGAUCCAAAUCUUUUUCUACCUGAACGACAUCAAAUAAAACGUCAUUCAAUUGCUUGGAUGUCAUUUGGUGUUGGUCCAAGAAAUUGUGUAGGCAUGAAAUUUGCUUUAAUGGAAAUAAAAAUUUGUUUGAUUCAAUUACUUCGUCAAUAUCGAAUAUUACCUGGAAAUAAACUCGAACAAGAGUUCAAAUGUAAAGAAAAAUUUAUAAUUCAACCCAAUGCUAUAUUUAUCAAACUUGAAAAACGUUGA